UCCCUGCCCCCGCUGCCUUUCCCACCCCAUCGCGGGGCCGGCCGCUUCUCCGGCCCCAGGAUGCAGAAUGUGAUUAACACGGUGAAGGGAAAGGCACUGGAAGUGGCUGAGUACCUGACCCCGGUCCUCAAGGAAUCAAAAUUUAAGGAAACAGGUGUAAUCACACCAGAAGAGUUUGUGGCAGCUGGAGAUCACUUAGUCCACCACUGUCCAACAUGGCAAUGGGCUACAGGGGAAGAAUUGAAAGUGAAGGCAUAUCUACCAACAGGCAAACAAUUUUUGGUCACCAAAAAUGUGCCAUGCUACAAGCGGUGCAAACAGAUGGAAUAUUCAGAUGAAUUGGAAGCUAUCAUUGAAGAAGAUGAUGGUGAUGGGGGAUGGGUAGAUACUUACCAUAACACAGGUAUUGCAGGAAUAACUGAAGCAGUUAAGGAGAUUACAUUGGAGAGCAAGGACAGUAUAAAACUUCAAGAUUGCUCAGCAAUAUGUGAGGAGGAAGAAGAGGAAGAUGAAGGAGAAGCUGCAGAUAUGGAAGAAUAUGAAGAGAGUGGAUUGUUGGAAACAGAUGAGGCUACCCUAGACACAAGGAAAAUGGUAGAAGCUUGUAAAGCUAAAACUGAUGCUGGAGGUGAAGAUGCUAUUUUGCAAACGCGAACUUACGACCUUUAUAUCACUUAUGAUAAAUAUUACCAGACACCACGGCUAUGGUUGUUCGGCUAUGAUGAGCAAAGGCAGCCUUUAACAGUUGAACACAUGUAUGAAGACAUCAGUCAAGAUCAUGUGAAGAAAACAGUGACCAUUGAAAAUCACCCUCAUCUCCCACCUCCUCCUAUGUGUUCAGUUCACCCGUGCAGGCAUGCUGAGGUGAUGAAGAAAAUCAUUGAGACUGUUGCAGAAGGAGGGGGAGAACUUGGUGUUCAUAUGUAUCUUCUAAUUUUCUUGAAGUUCGUACAAGCUGUCAUUCCAACAAUAGAAUAUGACUACACAAGACACUUCACAAUGUAACGAAGAGAGCAUAGAAUUUAUCCUAAUUACUGGUUCUGAUUUUUAAAGAAUUAACCCAUAGAUGUGACAUUGACCAUAUACACCAAUAUGUACAAUUUCUCUAAUAAAGGGACUUAUAUGUUUAUGCAUUAAAUAAAAAAAGUUCCACUACCAGCCUUAUUUGUUUAAUAAAAAUGAGUGUAAAGAGA